AGGCAAGACCCAUCGACCGCAUAGGCAGGCAUUCGGCAAAAGGAACUUUCUCAAAGGACGGUGAUGGAAAAAAGCGCAUCGUCCGCGAAAAGGGCGCUGACGGACGCAGAUGGCCGUCGUGCGGAGGUCCGAUGGGGAAGUUCAAAUUUAGCGGAGAGCGAGACGGGGAGGUGGGCAAAGUGGGGAGUUCCGCCGUUGCACACCCCCCACACACAACCAUAUUAUUAGGUGGUGCCAUCCUAUGACUGAUGACAUUUCAUGACUCCUGAUUCCGUUUGCCGCUGGGAAGUGGUCGUGCGCACACUUGCGAGCUCUCGGGGGGGAGCUUCUAGAACUGUGUGGGAUAAAAGGAAUCGUCGUCCAUCGACAGAAUCCUCUCUCGUGUCUGUAUAUGUACAGAAAUAUACAAAGCAAAACCGACCCGUGUACUUCACAUUAGUAUCAAACAGGAAUCGGCUACACUCAUUUGCCCCGAUACCGUACCCUUCAUGAUGCUCGGUAAACAAGCUCAAAGCAACGAUCCGGAUCAGCUUUCCUUCAUCCGUAAGGUCGAGCAGGCCGUCAUCAGGAACCCCAACAAUGAUUUCCUCAUGGCACCCACAGCCGAGCGUGAGGCUUAUGUUCCCAUGAAUGGGGAAAGACUUGCGAGUACUGUCAGGAGAGCGGUUGAUCACUAUGAGAAAUUGAUGGGGAGGCCGGAAAGUCCGGAUAAGAGAGUCGUGGCCUACCUCUCGACAUCCCACCCAGGCUUCUUCCUCAACAUCCUCGCCCUGAUGUCCCUCGACUACGUCCCCGUCGUUCUUUCGCCCAAAAACUCCAUGAUAUCGAUGGUCGACAUCCUCCAAAAGUCGAAAGCCGUCGCCAUUGUUUACGAACCUAAGCAGUUCAAAGCUAUAGUAGAUGAGAUGGUCCAAGCCGUGCCGGAUGUCAAGAAAUAUGAAGCGAUUGAUUUCACGGCUGAUUUGACUGCUGGCAACCACACGCAAACCAAAGACGAUGUGACAGAGACGGGCUUCGGCAUCCGCCCCGAAGUCCUCGCCGAAAACGAGUCGCCCUCCAGCCCUGACCGGGUGGUCGCCAUAAUGCACAGCUCGGGUUCCACCUCCAUGCCCAAGAUCCGUUUCUGGACCAACCAAUGCAUAGACCACAACACGAACAAGCCCAGGAUGAUGGCGCGCACCGACACCAACGGCUUCUUCCAACGCCUCCUCGUCUUCGCCCCCGUCUCGCACGCCUUGGGUCUAUGGCAGUGUUCCAGUGCCGUGCGGGCGGCCGCGACGGUCGUGUUUCCGUUACGGGCGUUCCCGCACCGUGGGGAGGAUAUUUUGAAAGCGAUUGAGCUGGGCAAGCCGGAUUAUGUGACGACUGCGCCGUCGUUGAUAGAGGAUGUUGUGAGGGCGUUGGAGAGGGAGCCGGAGAUGUGGAGGGUGAUGGAGACGGUGCAUACGGUUCUGACUGGAGGGGCGCCGUGUCCGCAGGCUGUGGGUGAUAAGAUGGUGGAGCAUGGGAUUAACAUGCGCAGUGGAUAUGGGUCUACCGAGGCCGGAACAGUCCUAGCACCCAUCGCUGGCUCCAAAGAAUGGAACCUCCUGCAACCCACCUGCGACCCCAAAUACCUCAAAUGGCAACCCUACGGCGAAAGGCCGGGCUUCUACAGAUUGUUUGUCAGAACCGAUUACCCCGGGUUCGCUGGGAAUGUCACUAGCGAGGAGUGGUAUGAUACAAACGAUAUCUGGAGGGAUAACGGGGAUGGACGGUAUGAGUAUAGGGGAAGGGGGGAUGAUAUUAUUGUCCACGUAAACGGCGAAAAAUCCAACCCAAUCCCCCUCGAAAUGGUGUUCCGCUCCUUCCACCCCCUCAUCAAAGACGCGCUCAUCCUCGGCAACAACCGCUUCCAAACCUCCGCCUUCAUCCUCCUGGACGCGCACGAAGCGCUCCAAUUCUCGCCCGCCGAGAUGCUGGAGAUCGUUGAUAGGGCCGUGGAGGCUGCGAAUGUGGUUGCGGCGAGCCACACGAAGUUGGUGGGAGAGUUGGUGGAGGUGUUGCCGCUUGGGCAUGAGGAUUUCCCGAGGACGGAGUCGAAGGGGAAUGUUAAGAGGAGGUUGGCGGAGAAGAUCCUCAAGGAGCGGUGUGAUAGGCUGUAUGAUCGGUAUGAGAAUGCUCGUGGAGGGGACGGUGAUAGCGCUGCGGCCGGUGGAAAGAACCUUGGCGACAUCAAACAGCUUGUCAUCAAAGCCGUCGCGGCAGUGAUGAAUCGCCCCGCUACAUCCUUCGAUGACCCGUCCCAACACGAGACCUCCCUCUUUGAACUCGGUCUGGAUUCACUCGGCGCCACGCAGCUGCGUAACCUCCUAUCGCGCGAAACCGGGGUCGACCUCCCGCGCGAUCUUGUUAUCAACUACUCCUCCGUUGGCGAGCUUGUGUCGUUUUUGGAAAAGACCGUCGGCAGUGGUAGCGGUGGGCUGGCGACGUCUGCGGAUCUAUCCUCCGUGAUCCGUGAGAAAGCAUCUCAGAUCAUCGCGCGACCCCUCGGUCCCGAGACGGACGACGUAUCGCUCUUUGAGCUCGGUUUGGACUCGUUGGGGGCGACGACGCUUAGUACUCGACUCACCAAACAGAUUGGGAAACAGGUUUGGGAGAAUGACAUCUUUGCGCACUCGAGCGUCUCUGGGCUUGCCGCUGUUCUGACCAAAUCGGGGACUGGACCGCAGAAGAAGCAGGCUGUUCAGACAUCUGCCGCAGCUACGACACAGGAGCAUCCCCAACUCGCCAAAGCCCGCCAGCUGGAAAAGAAGUACACCGCCAUGCUAACCGACCUAAUCCCCUUCGCAACAGCGUCCCCCACCACCCCCCAACAACCUGGCAGCCCCCGCACUGUCCUCCUCAGCGGCGCCACAGGGGCCCUAGGCACCGCAAUCCUCGAAACCCUCCUAUCCCUCCCCACCGUCUCCCGCGUCUACUCCCUGCACCGCGGGGGGAACGAUCUCACCCGCGAACGCCAGUCCUUUGAAUCGCGAUUCCUCGACUCGGAGAUCAUCACCCGCGCCGAGAAUGCGGGUCGUGUCGUCGGUCUGUCCUCUGCAUUCAACGAGAAGAACCUGGGUGUCUCCGACGAGGCAAUGUUCCGCGCCAUCCAGGACAACGUAACAGACGUCCUACACGUCGCGUGGCCCGUCAACUGGAGUUUCCCCGUCGACGCAUUCGACUCCACUCUCAUGGGCGUCUACAACCUCAUCAAGCUCUGCACCACAUCGCCCAAGCGCAAGACAUUGCAUUUCGUCUCCUCCAUCGCGGCGUACAGCAACCCCAAGGGCAAAAGCAUCCCUGAAGAGCCGGUACCCGCCGACCCGGGCGUCGCGUCACGUAUGGGUUACGGGCUCUCGAAAUGGGUCGCUGAACGCGUCAUCGAAGCCGCGAGCAACAACGAGCAGCUUAAACUGCAAGCCUCCAUAUUUCGCGCGGGCCAACUGUCCGCGGACUCGAAGCACGGGGUCUGGAACAAGACCGAUUUCUGGGUCGGUGUCGUCGCGUCGGGGAUCAACCUCGGUGUGUUGCCCGAGUUGCCUGCCACCGCGGACGAUAUCGAUUGGAUGCCCGUGGACUACGCCGCAAACUCCAUCCUCCAACUCGCGGGGAUCCUUCCGCAGCAGAACUGGGACGCGCGACAAACAAGUGACGCAAACACGUUCGACGUGUACCACAUCGCCAGCCCCAACCGCGUGUCCUGGCCCGCCGUCAUCAAAGCCCUCACCGCGGCGACUUCACGACGGAUGAGGACCCUCCCGCCUGCCGAAUGGGUCGGGGAGGUGUCCAAGCCUGCGUCGCGCGCCAAGAAUCCCGCGGUGCAGGAUCAGAUGAUUCCGGUUUUUGAGAGCAUGUUUGCUUCACGCCGGCAGGCUGGGGAACAGGAUGACACGGCUGAGACGGCGGCGGCAGAGGCUGAGAGCGGGAUCAAUGCCAAGUUCCUUGAUACGGCACGUACGGCGGCGCUUAGCGAGGUGAUGCGGGCCUGUAUUCCGAUGAGUGAUGUUGGGUAUUGGCGUGCGGUGAGGGCCUAUCUGGCGAAGGUUGGAAUGUUGGAUGAAGGGGUUGUGAAGGAGGGGUUUGCUGCUGCUGCUGAGGAGUAGGUGUAUAUACAUAGCAUCUCGAAGUAUCUGAUGGUAUGAUCCAUAUGUCUCGUUCAGCGCUUUUUGAGCAUUUUCUCGCUCCGUGUUUUUUCUUUCUUUGUACAUAACCACCUUCUUGUGAUGCGCUUUUUGAAGAUGUGCAUUCCCGCAACUUGCGGAUACGCCAGAAUACAUACCUGUCCAUGUAUACAAACCUCUUGGUCUUGAGCGUCGAUAGAGAUCAACGAAUGCAAACUUGAGACUGGGGGGCCUUCAAUCCACACAACCGGGUGGAUAGCGACGGUGCUUCUAUGACA